AUGGAGAGGAACUUCACCCCUUUCCCAUUUCGAGAGAAGAAGAAGAAGAAGAAGAAGAAGAAGAAGAAGAAGAAGAAGAAGAAGAGAAGAAGAAGAAGAAGAAGAGGAAAGUGGAGCAGGGGAAAAACACGACCGCUUGGCAGGAAGAGGCGACGACCCACCAGGUCGUCAACCUAUUACAUUGAAACGACCCUGGAGCGACGCCAGAAAAUAUCUCCUCUCAUCCAAAAAAGUCCUAAAGUCCUCUUUCCAACGACCCCUUUGUCUAGGGAUCAGAGAGAAGCUCGUUCCCUUGUUUGA